UAUGCUUCCCAGUCGGAGCUGAGAUAAGGGAGGGGUUGUUGAAUGGGAGCUGCAGCUCUGCUGGGGCGCUCGAUUCAUGCUGGGACAGCUCUUUGUGAAGCACAGGGCGAAGGGGGCUGUGACUGAGGGAGGACAUGGAGCGCUUCUUGGGCUUUGUCAAGCAGAUAAGGAGAUCGAGGAGAAGAAAAGGCAAGAAGUACCGGCCAGAGGAGGAUUACCACGAGGGCUAUGAGGAUGUCUACUAUUAUGCCUCAGAACAUUUUCGAAAUGAGAGUCCUUACACAAAAUCUGCAAACCAGGCAAAGGCACCUGAUGGAGCACUGUCUGUGAGGAGACAGAGUAUUCCAGAGGAAUUCAAGGGCUCAACAAUAGUUGAAUUAAUGAAAAAAGAAGGCACCACCCUAGGGCUCACAGUAUCGGGUGGUAUCGACAAGGAUGGGAAACCGAGAGUGUCUAACCUUCGUCAAGGAGGCAUCGCUGCUAGGAGUGACCAGCUGGAUGUAGGGGACUACAUCAAAUCUGUGAAUGGAAUCAACCUGACCAAAUUUCGCCAUGACGAGAUCAUCAGCCUGCUCAAGAAUGUUGGUGAAAGGGUUGUGUUGGAAGUGGAGUAUGAGCUGCCUCCAGUCUCUGUACAAGGAUCAGGUCUCAUCUUUAGAACUGUGGAAGUUACUUUACAUAAAGAGGGGAACACUUUUGGAUUUGUAAUAAGAGGUGGAGCACACGAUGACAGAAAUAAAUCUCGUCCUGUUGUAAUAACAUGUGUCAGACCUGGAGGGCCUGCUGACAGAGAGGGCACAAUCAAACCUGGGGACAGGCUGCUGAGCGUGGAUGGGAUCCGCCUGUUGGGAACAACACAUGCUGAAGCCAUGAGUAUUCUCAAACAAUGCGGGCAGGAGGCGACUCUGCUGGUUGAAUAUGAUGUCUCAGUGAUGGAUUCAGUAGCAACAGCUUCUGGGCCACUGCUGGUUGAAGUUGCCAAAACUCCUGGUGCUGCUCUUGGGGUUGCACUAUCUACCUCGAUGUGCUGCAACAAACAGGUCAUUGUCAUAGACAAAAUCAAAUCUGCAAGUAUUGCAGACAGGUGUGGUGCAUUACAUGUAGGAGACCAUAUUCUGUCCAUUGAUGGCACCAGCAUGGAGUACUGUACGCUGGCAGAAGCAACACAGUUUUUGGCUAAUGCAGCGGAUAAUGUCAAACUGGAGAUCCUCCCCCACCACCAGACACGGCUGGCACUGAAAGGCCCAGAGCACGCAGCUCUGGUGUCUUCAUCCUUCUCUCCUACCUCCAUGAGUGCAUACAGCCUGAGUUCCCUGAACAUGGGGACCUUACCUCGCAGCCUCUACUCCACCAGCCCACGGGGGACAAUGAUGAGGCGGAGGAUGAAAAAGAAGGACUUCAAAAGCUCCUUGUCUUUAGCCUCUAGCACUGUUGGUUUGGCUGGGCAGGUCGUGCACACAGAAACCACAGAAGUGGUGCUGACAGCUGACCCCGUAGUGGGGUUUGGGAUACAGCUCCAGGGCAGCGUGUUCGCUACUGAGACCCUGUCUUCUCCACCUCUCAUCUCCUAUAUCGAGGCUGACAGUCCAGCAGAAAGGUGCGGGGUGCUGCAAAUAGGAGACAGAAUAGUGUCAAUAAAUGGUAUCCCAACAGAAGACAGCACAUUUGAUGAGGCCAAUCAACUGCUCAGAGACUCCUCUAUCACCAACAAGGUCACUUUGGAAAUAGAAUUUGAUGUUGCAGAAUCAGUUAUACCAAGCAGUGGAACAUUUCAUGUGAAACUACCAAAGAAGCAUAAUGUGGAACUUGGCAUCACCAUAAGUUCUCCAUCAAGUAGAAAACCAGGGGACCCUCUGGUUAUUUCUGAUAUCAAGAAAGGAAGUGUUGCUCACAGAACUGGGACACUGGAACUGGGUGAUAAGUUGCUGGCAAUAGAUAACAUCCGACUUGACAACUGCUCAAUGGAAGAUGCUGUCCAGAUCCUUCAGCACUGUGAGGACCUUGUGAAGUUAAAGAUCCGCAAAGAUGAAGAUAAUUCCGAUGAACAGGAGAGCUCUGGAGCAAUUAUUUAUACUGUUGAGCUCAAGCGCUAUGGCGGGCCUCUUGGAAUUACAAUCUCUGGGACUGAGGAGCCCUUUGAUCCCAUAAUCAUUUCCAGCCUUACAAAAGGAGGAUUAGCAGAAAGGACUGGGGCAAUUCACAUAGGAGACAGAAUCCUAGCAAUAAAUAGUAGCAGUCUGAAAGGAAAACCUUUGAGUGAAGCCAUUCAUUUAUUACAGAUGGCAGGAGAAACUGUCACCUUGAAAAUCAAGAAGCAAACAGAUGCUACCAGUCCCAAGAAAUUUUCAGCGCCUGUGGGUCACGUGAGCGAGCUGAGCGAUGCUGAAGAUGAAAGCUCUGCUGCACAGAAAUCUGGCAAGCUCUCAGACAUCUAUUCCACUACAGUGCCAAGUGUUGACAGUGCAGUGGAGUCAUGGGAUGGCUCUGGUAUUGAUACCAGCUUUGGAAAUCAAGGACACACCUACCAGGCUUCAGGAUACAACUUCAAUGCCUAUGAGUGGAGGAGUCCCAAGCAGGCCAGUCUGUCCCCGCCGGGCAAAGCACGGAGCCACGCGUUCCACGACGCAGGGCUGAGCGACGACGACUGGGACCGACCUGCAGCCAGCACCACAGCUUCCAAGAAUGUGUGGCAACAGAAGGAGACUGAGACAUUGGGAGAGAAUCACGAAAACCAUUUAAAGCAAACAUCUGUAGAAAAAUCAGGUGGAGAGAGCAUCAGGAGCGUGAAGAAAGAGGGAAAGAUGUGGAAAGGUGCCUCUGGAGGGCAAAGGAAAGGUGGGGGACAGCUGGAAGAGUGGAAUACUUCCAGCUUCACAGGUACCCAUGAUAACACCGAGGCUGACCAGGAGGAAAAUUUCUGGUCUCAGGCUCUGGAGGAUUUAGAGACCUGUGGCCAGUCAGGAAUUCUGAGGGAACUAGAGGACAAGGCUGACAGGCGUCUGUGUUUGAGAAACAUGACUCUCUUGGCCACAAUCAUGUCAGGAAGUACAAUGAGUUUGAAUCAUGAAAACCCACAACCUCGUAACCAGCUGGGAAGACAAGCCAGCUUCCAGGAAAGAAGUUCUGUAAGGCCACAUUACAGUCAAGCCACUCGUAGCAACACAUUGCCGUCAGAUGUGGGGAGAAAGUCCAUGGUUCUGAGAAAAUUUAAGCAAGAAAUGAAAGAAAUCAUGUCACCAACUCCUGUGGAGUUACACAAGGUAACUUUGUACAAGGACUCUGACGGAGAAGACUUUGGGUUCAGUGUCUCAGAUGGUUUAUUGGAAAAAGGAGUGUAUGUAAAAAACAUUCGACCAGCUGGCCCUGGUGAUCUGGGAGGUUUAAAACCAUAUGACAGACUUUUACAGGUAAACCAUGUUCGCACCAGAGACUUUGACUGCUGCUUGGUCGUGCCCCUCAUCGCAGAAUCCGGCAAUAAGCUGGAACUGGUCAUUAGCAGAAACCCACUGGCAUCUCAGAAAGGAAGCUCAGAACACCCUUCAGGGAGCGGGGAGUGGAGCGACCCCAACGCCGCCUUCCUUCAGCAGAGCGGGCACAGCAGUGUUAGCACGGAGACACGGGACCCUACAAACACCUUAUAGCAGAAACCACUGCGGCAGGACACUCGGGAACUCCAGGACAUUAUGGUGCUAAAUCCAUUCGAGAUUCCUCUGAGAUCGAGGCUUAGAUGCUGUACAGCACUGAAAAGCACAGGAGGGCAGUUGGUCUGUCUCAAGGCUUCUAUUAAUCCACAGUUACUUUGGAAAUAGUUUCAUUCUUCAUUAAGUCAUUCCAUUUUAAAACAAUCUAGGACUAGUAACAGUAAAAAAAUACAUAAGGGCCUUUUUUUUUUCCCCAAAUAAGAAACAGGGGAGAUAUUUUAAACAUGAUCUAAAUGUUCUUCUCCCUUCAGCAGCAGCAGCUGUUUGAGGGAAAAACACAGAGUUAACCUCUGCUAACAAACAGUAGUGUCCAGGUUAUGUGGUUUUUAAAAAUCCUUUUAUCAGGAAGGUGCUGCUGUCUGAUGGACAAGGCAGAGUGGUUAUGCCCUGGCUUUUCCUGGGAAGUGGCAACAGCUCGGAUUUUGGAAACCUUUAUUCGCUGGCGAGAAGGGUACACUCUUUACACAAAGCAGGGUUUAGAUGUUACAACAAAAUGCUUGCAGGAAGCUGCAGUUUGCAUUGAACAUUACUCCCCUCUUCAGCAAACUUUGUUAGAACAUAUGUUAUUCCCUAUGCAAUGAAGUAUUUAAUGGUAUGUCUUGCAACCUGUGGGGAUUUUUAAGCAGAGCCUUUUUAGUGGGAUAAAACCUCUGACAGGGGCUUACUGAAAAGAGUGAAACUGAAAUGAGUUCAGACAAAUUAGAAAGGUUUUUUUAAAGGAAAAUGUCUUUUUUAAAAUUGUGUCAGUGGAGAUUGAUACAAAAGCUCUCUAAUGAUCCAUAAACCUGUAAACUUGUACUGUCACACAUGAGCUUUUUAAGUCAAUCAGUUUCUUGAAGGAAGAAAGGUCCUAUUUAAAAUGCUUUGUUUUCAGCCUUCUUUAUGAUAAACAUUACCCCCUGCAACACAUUUUUAGAAUUUAAAAUUGUAAAUAUAUUUUACAAACACAUCACACAAAUUGUCUCCUCUCCCCCCUUCCCCCAAGCAAUA